GUGAUGGCAAACAGAGGUGCUGAGGAAUGGAGUGAUUUGUUUAUAACAGCAAGCCGUGAUCAUGAAUGUACCCAGGAUGAAAGUACGACUCGGAUUCAUAAAUUAAAUUGUUCGGCGUAUAAGGAAGCUCGGAAGAUUGAUAAUAUAUCGUACCGUUUUCCUGAUUCGAUUCCGGCGCAAGCUCAUAAAGGAGAAAUGGAUGCAUCUCUAAGUGCGCAAGAUGUGCAUCAAGGUCAACUGCAAGUACCAGGUGUACCAGAACGUUCUCUAAGUGAGGCCACAUCA